AAUUAUCCUUUCCAGCUAUCGCGACUUCAAUACCCGUCGAGACGUCUAACGAACAACAUGUAUCGAAGUAUUCUUUGUCUUCUGCUGUGCUCAGCGGUGUUAGUACAGGGUGUAAUAAACGACUGUGGAUCCAAAGUUGGUUCAUACACCAAUAUCAGUAUCACUAAUUGCAAACCUGAAGCCUCAACAUGUAUUUUAAAGCGAGGAAAAGUUGUAACAAUUUCUAUUACUUUUAACGUUGAUAGAGAUAUUAAAGAAGUAAAUGCAGAGGUCCAUGGAAUAAUUGCUGGUGCAGCACUUCCAUUCCCAUUUAGUCAGAAAGAUGCAUGCUCUAAGUCUGGCCUUUCUUGUCCUCUCAAAAAGGAUAAUGGGCCAUACACUUAUAGUGCGACAUUGAACAUUCUACCCAUUUAUCCUCCGCUCAAGGUCAUCGUCAAAUGGGAACUUAAGGAUGAGAAUGGUGACGAUAUCGUUUGUGCUUUGAUCCCAUCAGAAAUUAAGCUUUAGAACUUAAGAAGAUAAAAUUAUAUACAGGGGAAUUUUCUUUUAAAUUUAUGUAAAUGAUCAAAAAAUUUUUUAAAGAAAUUGGAAAAUAUGAUGUGUAUUUGUAAUGUAAGUUUUUUAUAACAACGAUAUUGAACAAAUUUGAAUGUCAAAUAAAUAAAACACAUAUUUAGUAUUUAA